AUGAAAGAUUCUAAAGUCAAGGCAUUGGCUGCUGCCUGGGCACGCGGGGACCACGAGUUGGCAGAGACACUGUUACAGAGGAAGGAACUAUUUAGUGUGGUGGAGGUGUCAAAAGCGAUUGCUUUAUUGGACUCGGGAAGACAAGCAAGAGUGUUUGAAAAGAAACACAAGAGACUUCAAAUUCAGAAAAAUAAUGUGACACCGAGUACGAUGGGAAAACUGAAAUCCGACAUAGACAACUUGAUGAAAUUGAAGCCCUCGACUGGGUCAGCUAGCGGGGCGAUAUGUAAGCACGUGAAGCGGUGGACGCGCACCUUAACUAAACAGGAGUUAGAAUUCUUUGCGCUUCAUUUUCCUGUUGAUUUGUGGAAGAGACUGGCUGAUAUAUGUCAUUUUCACCCUGUCAAGGAUUUUUCCGUUCCGUGGUUUUUACCUUUCUGCUUCGGAGAGACCCCGCCAGAGGGCAGUCUAGUACACAAGUUUAGGAGCAUCAGACAGAGCAACAUUAAUGAAGUUCUCCUUGAUCAUAACAUCCCGUACACCAAAGUUAGACCAUUCAUUACCUAUUUGACAGACGAAAUAAAAGGAAAAAUAGCAAAACACGAGGAAAAACUGGAUACUAUUUUAUGGUACUACGAGGAACUGAAAUGUCCACAGGUAGAUAGGGAGGUAGAAAUUCGUCUACAGAAAGAGGACCCGGUCACUCUGGCGCUUGGAAAGCUCCUGGAACGUAUUCUCAUGCUCCGGUUAAUGCAGGCAGGCGAGCCACUGAACGCAGAGGAAGAAAUGGUGCGGAUCUUACAGUCCUGGGACUGGGAAGCUCUAGCGGAGGGCCCAGGAGAAAUAAUGUACACUCCCGACCCCGACAUCGCAAAAUUCUCCACAAAGCUUUCAGAGCUUGCACAGGAGCGUCUUGCAAAUAUAAAGUUUUCCUUGGACGCGCCGGUUGUCAUACUAGGAGACAAGUCCGGGUCGAUGGAUGUAGCCAUCCGCACCAGCUCUAUCAUUGGCGGCAUCCUCGCUGUCAUCACAUCUGCUAAAUUAGUCUUCUUCGAUCAUAAAAGUCAUCCCGCCCCAUAUAUUCCUAGUACAGUCCAAGAAGUGUGUAAUCUAGCGAUGGAGAUAAAGGCGGAGGGGGGUACGUGUCCGGCGGCAGCGCUACUUCCGUUUUACCAGAGGAAGGAAGUGGUGAAGACGUUUGUGAUCGUCACUGACGAGGAAGAAGUGGAACGAGAACCAGCUACCAACAUGCAGUGA